AUGAUGGAUAAUGUCUCUAUAAGAACAUUGUUUGUUCUUUCAGGUUUUAAUGAAACAAAGAGCCACCGAGUUGCUGUCUUCUCUCUCACUUUACUGUGCUACUGUUUCAUUGUGCUGGUUAAUGUUUCUAUUAUUGUGACCAUCAUCUUGGAUAAAAACUUGCAUGAACCUAUGUAUAUUCUAUUGUGCACUGUCUGUAUAAAUUGACUUUAUGGAACAACAGGUUUCUACCCCAAGUUUCUCUGGGAUCUGCUCUCUCCUGUUCAUGUUAUCUCUUAUUCUGGAUGCCUUGUUCAGGCUCUAGUAAUGAACUCAUAUGCCUGCAAUGAACUGUCUAUUCUUGCAGUCAUGGCAUAUGACAGAUAUGUGGCUAUAUGUCGACCCCUGGAGUACCACUCUAUAAUGUGAAAGCAAAGACUUUUAAAGUUAGUGUGUUUCUCCUGGUUAACACAUUUUUGCAUUAUAGGCACAAAUAUUAUUCUAACAUCUAGAUUAAAGUUAUGCAGCCCCUUUAUUGCCAGAGCUUUUUGUAUGAACUGGAUUAUAGUUAAACUUGCUUGUUUCGCAGCUGACACUAUUGUUAGCAACAUUGCUGCAUACAUUACAAUAAUCAUAUAUGUAUUUCAUGGUAUUUUUAUGGUUUGGUCCUACAUGUAUAUCAUCAAAACAUGUGUGAAUUCUAUAGAAAACAGGGCAAAGUUCAUGAAAACGUGUGUUCCACAUUUAACCUCCUUGCUCACUUUUCUUGUGGCUAUACUUUUUGAUUUAAUGCAUAUCAGAUAUGGUUCAAACGAUUUGCCUCAACCUCUUCAACUUUCAAACUUUAUUGCAAUAGAAUUUCUCAUCAUACCUCCUAUUAUGAAUCCGCUCAUUUAUGGUUUUAAAUUGACCAAAAUUCGAAACAGAAUUCUGGGUUUUGUUUAUAUUAACAAUAAAUAA